AUGUGCUUUACCGAAACGGAGCUGGCAGCUGCCAUGGCCAUGUUGGAUGAAAAGCAUCCUGUUCUCCCAGCAGUUGAUCCACAACAUGAUUCGUACGCCCUUGGUAGAAUUGGUGAUCAUAAUGUGGUGCCUGCUUGCUUGCCAGCAGAAACAACAGGGAAGGUAUCUGCUGCUACUGUUGCUAAAGACAUGAUCCGCAGUUUCCCAGCUGUCAGAUUUGGGCUGAUGGUGGGAAUUGGGGGUGCGGCACCUUAUUAUGGUGCACGGGGAGAUAACAAUUCUGCGAGGAUUAAAGGAGAUAAAUCUGAAGAUGAUAAAGACUCCGAGGAAUCUGAAGACGAUCCAGAAGAUAUACAAGACAUACGACUUGGUGAUGUAGUGAUUAACCUUCACUCAAAGUCCUCUGAUGCCGUUGUGCAGCUGCUGCUUGAGGAGAAUGUGGAUAUCGAAUCCAAGGAUUCAUUUAGGCAGACUCCACUGUGUCAGGCGGCUGAGAACGGACACCAAUCUAUAGUAAAGCUGCUGCUUGAGAAGAAUGCCGAUGUUGAGUCUAAGGGUCAUUUUGACGAUACCCCAAUCUUGUUGGCGGCUGCGAAUGGACAUGAGGAAGUGGUGAAGCUACUUCUUGCAAAAGAUGCCGAUGUGGAAUCGAAGAGUACCGAAGGUGACACCCCACUCUUAUUAGCCGCCAGAAAUGGAGAUGAGAAGGUGGUAAAGCUGCUCCUGGAGAAGGGUGCAGAUAUUGAGGCUAAGGAGGAGUUCCGGGGCCAGACUCCACUUUCAUUAUCAGCUGAUGGAGGGUACGAAGCUGUGGUAAAGCUCCUGCUUGACAUGGGCGCCAACAUCAACACUAAGGAUGACAAAGGCCGGAAACCUCUCUUAUUGUCUGCCGCACAUGGGCAUGAGGAGGCUGUGAAACUGCUGCUUAACAAUAAUGCUGUUGCUGACGUGACCUCGCUUGUAUCAGCGGCUGAAAACGGCCACAAGGAGCACACUUUUGGGAACAUGAAGAGAAACAUCCGUCUGGACUCAUUGGCCCCCGACCGCCAAGUCGCAUCAAAAGACUGUCGUCUGUGCACCAAGCGACGCAUCAAAUGUGACCGGAGUAUCCCGGGGUGUCGGAAAUGCGCCAGUCGGGGUCUACGCUGUCCAGGAUUUGACGUGUUGUCCUUAAAAUGGGUACAAGGGGUGGCAAGUAGAGGCAAGUUUGCAGGCAGGACGCUUCCGGUGUCACCUCGAUGCGAGUCCGAGAGGCAGGAUGAGUUGGCAGGUACGCAUAAUGCUGGCAGCGAUGGUGGAAGUGGGAGUAGUCAAGAUCUUUGCGCCUUGACAGACGCAGGACCCUUGCCAUUGGACUUCCCUACACAUCUGCUUGACCCGAUGAGUGGUCUCGGUCUGGUCAAUCGGUGCUCUACGACAGUACUCUUCGACAAUCUUCUCAAUCAUUUCCAGCUGGAAGUUGCAUCUCAAUUGCGAUGGCUCGAUAGCUCCGACAACCCGUGGCGACGCAUCGUCUGGCCUCUGGCCCGACUCUCGAACUGCCUUCGCAUGUCGAUUCUCGGUCUAGCGGCUGCUCAUUUGUCGGUGACUUCUGCUGGAGGUGAUGGUACUGGGCCGCUGGCACUUCUGCAGGCGAACCGUGAUCUGCGCGAAGCGAGUCUUCGGAAUCUGAAUACAAAAAUACAUUUUGAGUUGGAUGGUGAUCAGGUCGCGGGGCGCCAGCAGGAUGGCUCGUCUCUGACCGAAAUCCUUGCCACCAUGCUCGUCCUGUGCUACGGGGAGAUGCUCGUGCCCCAUUCAACUGACUGGAGUCUUCAUCUGCGCGCCUGCCGUGCGAUCAUUGAUCGACGGAACCUGCGGAAUCGGCAGAGAGAACCGCAGGACCCCGUUGCGAGGUUCCUGGUCAUGGAAGUGGUCGAUCUCGAGACAUUUAGCGCCUUGACGAAAUUCACGCAGGAACAGAGUCUUGCGGCCACGAUACCAGCUCCUUCGUUGCUGGAGGGUCAUUUCUGGACCUUCACGUCGCUGCUACGUGAGAUCAAUGCCGUCAAACGGCGUCGUUACGAUCUGUUACAGAAAGGAUACUGUUGGAACGAUAUUGUCAACCAGACUAGGGAGGUGGAGGAUCCUGGCCUAACCUACAUACCAUACAGCACCU